UCUAGCUGUCUCAGCCACAAAGAACCUACCUGAGUUCAAGCACUAUUAAACAUAUUUUCGAAAAUGGCAUUCAAGUUUGUAUUCGCACUCGCCUUCGUCGCCGUUGCCAGCGCUGGCUAUGUACCAGUUGCCCCAGUAUACCACGCCGCACCAGCCGUCGCCGUGCACUCAGCACCUGUGGCUUUAGCUCAAAAGGUCGUUGUUAAAUCGGAAGAAUACGAUCAUCAUCCUCAAUACAAAUACUCUUAUGGCGUUGAGGACAAACUGACCGGUGAUUCCAAGAGUCAAGUGGAGGAACGCGAUGGUGAUGUGGUUCAUGGUGAAUACUCCCUCAUUGAUGCUGAUGGUUACAAACGCACAGUUCAAUACACUUCGGAUGACGUGAAUGGUUUCAAUGCCGUCGUGAGCCGUGAACCUCUUGUAAAAACUGUUGCCGUGGCUCCAGUUGUAAAGACAGUUGCCCCAGUUACCCAUUACGCUGCUCCAGUUGCGCACUACUCCGCUCCAGUUGCUCAUUACUCCUCUCCAGUCGCUCACUACUCCUCUCCAGUCGCUCACUACUCAGCCCCUACAGUGGUCAAGACCGUUGCCCCCGUAGCUCAUUAUGCGGCUCCAGUGGCUCACUAUGCCGCCCCUGCGGCUCAUUACUCAGCACCAGCCGCACAUUAUGCUGCUUACUCAUCUCCUGCUGUCCAGUACCAUCAUUAAUUCAUUGCCAUUAGAGUGACCAGAAAUAUGACAUGAUAUCCUUAUAUUAGUGAAUUGUGCUUAAUGUAUAUAUUCAGUAUUGCUAUUUAUUCCGAUAAUAAACCUUGAGGAACUAUAAAA